AUAUUUAUUCUGUAAGAAGUUGAAUGAUGCACUUCUAAAUGCAAAGACAGAUGGUUUAAUAUACCAACAAGUGUUAUUGUAUUCGUCAGACAUAUCACGAUGUGACUGGUAGACUCUGUAAGAGCAAAGUAUUUAUUCCACUUUGUAUAAGUAUAUUAAUGAAUUAAACAGUCUAAAAUUUGACAAAGUCUUAGCUUUAACACAUUCUUACAGAUUUGUCCUUGCCUCUGCUUUGGCCCUCGUAGUCAUUCCUUGUAAAUUAAAUGUGUUUUAUAUUUUCAUGUAUUUUAAGCCUUGAAUCCAGUGUUUGCCUGGGUUUUGUAACACUCGACUUGCACAGACAAUUAUCGACAACACUGUGUGAAUAACGAAACUCCCAGGGGCCUCCUUAAAAAGCUCAAAGUAAACAAAACAACAAUCGAAUGAUCCAGAUUUUCAAAGCCAUAACAAUAUGACUGUUUAAAGAUAACAACAUACGGUUUUGAAGUAGCUCUAAACACAUGUUAGAUGCCAGUUUAAAUAAGAGGUUAUUCAUGGUUUUAUACUUGUUCACACCUUCAAUCCCCAAAAGUUUCUGCAGAGUUGAGUUCAGUCUCUUUUAUUUCAGUUGAUUCUUAAGAAGUAUUGUCGCACAGAGGAAACGAGGCUACCGACAGAUCUGGGAGAUCAAGAGGUUCAGCGCUCACUGAACAACAUAAACACAGCCAGGCUUUCAUGCAGAGAAACUGGGGCUGGGGAUGUUGACGGUAACAGUGGGACGCUCUUUGGGAAAUCUGCUUUGAUCGCUGCUACAAAAAAAUAAAUGAAAAAUAAAGACAGAAAUAGAAAAUGAUGAGGCAAACUGACGUUAGGGUUUAGAUUUUUUAGCUCACAUUGAUGGAAUUGUUUCCACCUCAGGGAGCAAAGGGAAUCAGGUUCACCUAUUGAAUUUGUGUGCAUUAAGGUUACUUUAAUUUAAGAGAUAAAUAAUGUCACUGGCUGUCUCUUCAUACCUCCUCUCAAUCAAUCAAUUGUAAAGCUUUUAUUUACCAUACAGACCACACACAAACAGAACGUGUGACUCAUACCUUUGUUAGCAGCAUUCAAUCUAGCUAUCUGCACCUCUCUGACCUUCACUUCCUUCCUUCCUUCACUUCUUACCAGAAUGCACAAAGAAAUCUAUAAAGGUAAGAAACCAAACAGUGGUCCUACAUGACCCAGCAACUGGGAGGGCAAGGGUCACAGAGGCUCAGUGCGUUCGACAGACACUUAACACUAUGCAAUGCCACAUGCUGAUAUGUUAUCAGAUGUGAUUUUCCUAUGUUUGUCAAGUUAGCUUAGCAUGUCCCCAUGCUAACAUGUAAUAAACACACAUCUGAUGGGAAGGCUGAUAGGUAUGUCAGUUUUGCGGGAAUUCAGAUACAAAUCAAAUCAACAAAAAAAAACUACUACUUGAAGAAAAAAUUAAUGGGAUGUAGAAGUUGUAAAAAAUCCCUUUCAUCCUUAAGGGAAGACGUUUAACAAAAUAAAAUCGCAUGGCAUCUACACAACAUUUAAAGAGACAUUUGACUCAAAAUCUACCAAUACCAGUUGAUCACUAAAGAUAUGAAUCAGUGUUUCACCACACAUAGACGAUACCUUGGCGCGCAGCCACAAAUAUAUUUUCAAUCGUUUUUUAUUAAUUCAUUUAUAAACUCACUGCCACAUGCACAAGAGCGAGAGAGCGAGAGAGACGGCGAGAGAUACUGCGAGAGAGCUAGAUAAAGAGAGGGGUCCGCUGUCCGUAUGUCCCUCCCAUAAAGACGCCGACUGAGGUGCAAUAUUCAUAUCAAAACUGACGCGUCUACUCCAUGGUUUAAAUAUUUGGAUGCUGCCAUGCACUCGUAGUUUACGAUGAUUACUGUGAUACACAUCAACAUCAAUGAGCCUCCUCUUGCACAAUCACCUGAGCUAAUUUUAACUAGUCGUAUUUGAAACUGCUGGGUGUCAUGUGGAUUAGGCCUACCUCACACAGCCCCAAGAAAUUCUACCUCAAUUCAUUUUAUAUUACUUAUGUGUAUCCGAGAGUGCAACAUGACCAUGAUGAUGAUUAAAACGAAUUAACAGUUGUUGUUUUAAUUAUAAUUUUUCAGAGCCAAGUGUUAGAUUUAGUUAGGCUUUUGUAAUUCCCAUUAUGGAAGUAAUCUGCUAACAAGUUACAUAUUAGUAAUUAGGGUGUGAGGAAUUUUACACAAUUUAACUGAGGUUUCAGACUGAUUAAGAAAUAAUGCCCCUCAUGCCUUUGAUUAUAAAUGUUUCAAAAUGUAGAAAAUGGCAUCAUUCUUCCAUUUUUCUCCAAAGAAGGCCCCACUCUUGUUUGAUGUUGCACGCUUGUACAAUAAAAGGGACUAACAGGCAGACAUCUGGGCCAACUGAAUUACACGUGUAUCACACUCAUCUGUGUCGCUCGUACUGUGAUUGUCACUCGUACUGGAGAUAUUCUGCACACUCAAACAGUUUAUAUUAAAGCAGGCUACAGGUGGUUUUAGUGAACUGGCCAACAGGUGCAGCACUUCAAAGACUAUCAGUUGACUUGCUAAACUUCGACAUAACCUGACUUAUUUGCAGUAACAGAAGUCUGUUUCUCUCACACAUUGAACAUCUGUACCGCUUCGUUUCUAAAUUGUUACUUCACUUGCUCACCUACAGAAACCCAAGUAUAUACAUAAAUUUAGCAAGACUUCAUAUUAAUGGACCUGUAAACUGAAUUAAUCAUGGCAUCAAAGACCCCUAUGCUGCCCCAAAGCUUCCCCAAAAUCUGCCUGUGUGAGACCUAAGGCUCAAAUAUACUUGCUUUUGAACUACACAACAUGCUGCGUUGUGUACGCGUAGGCUGUGUGGCUUUACUCAUUCAUGACCACAAACAAACCUACCAAACCUUUACAGGUGCCUUUGUACAUGAAUAUAUUUCACUAUAUGACUGAACAAGGUAAUAUACAAAUCAAAAAUAAAACACGAGAAUGGGGAGAAUAGUGUCCAUGAACAUGUUUGACAUUACUACGGCCCUGGCCAAAGGUAUGUAGAAAUGGUCCCAAACUGACUUAAUUACCGUAAAAUCCGGUGCAACCAAUAUACUAGUAUAAAAUACUGAAACACACACCGUCAUUACCGCGGGUGACGCAGCCCCUAUCACUGCGACCUGAUGCGAUUAAAAACCCAUCCCCAUUCAUUGUGUAUUGAAAGCUUUUCUCCCUCACGAGGUCAUAAUCAUGCAUUUACAGAAAACAGUGGUAUAUUGUUCUGUAAAUAAACCUUGUGGAGUGCACUUUUGAUUGAAAGACUCCUAUAUUAAACUCCUGAAGAGUGACCAGCGGAGUCGGGCCCUUUUUCAAACCAAACCCUACACCCUCCCCCUCUGUGACGUAGUGCACUCCGUCAGAAGUGACACUCUCAGCUGAAUGAAGUCCCCUUCAUCAAGGUGUAGGGUAGAAAUACAGCGGCAGGCUUUGGGAAAAACUUCCCUCUCUCAGGUGGAAACGGGAACUGUGUGUUACCAUGGUUACUCAGCGGUAUCUUGCAGGAACGGCUUUUUUUUGUAGCUAAUGCAUUGUGUAAAAAUAUUUAUGUAGCCUAGAUUAUUCUUAUUCUUCUUUAGUUAUAUUAGUGUAGACUUUUUAAGAAAACUAUUAGAUUGAGCCUACAUUGUUUAUUGUAAUUUAUAAUUUCAGCUAAGUUACUGUAAUUUCAUAGAACAGGGUGUCCUAAAUUAAUGCAAAGACAAGGAUAAUAUCGUUGAACAUCAGAGCAGCAAAAAGUGUAUUUUUUUGUUGUUGAACUGAGAUUUCACAAAGACAUCAGAAGUAGAAAAAUAAGAAAUAAAUAUUAACAGCGAAAUGUUGUCUGCAACAUGAUUUAAUAUUCUUUUGUUUUUGCAACAGUCCCUGUAAAUAUAAAACACAUACAUUUGAUCCUCGGUAAAUUACACAUUUGAAGUUGUUAACGUCUGUGUGAGGCUAUUAAAUGUCUGUCUUAGUCGGAGCAGUGUUUGAACUCACAGGUUGCUUCAUCCAUGACUACCGGACACAUUAGGUGUUGCACGUGAUCCGAAUGUCGGCAUCGGUGGUGCAGACUCGCUGGUGAAGGGUUUUUACGACCCACUACCACUUCCCGCUAAUUGGUUUGGGACGGACUUAAUAAAGUGGGUAGGGAGAGGGUGUAGUGGCUGGUUUGAAAAAGGGCCUGUGCCUCACGACUUUCCCUGCAGGCUGGGAGAACAACUACCGUACUGUAGCUAGUAGGAGCGCAAACUCCCGAAAGUGAAAACAGACAGAACUAGAAGAGCGACACAGCUGCACAGAAACUGCACGUUGUAGACAUCGCUGAACACAAUAUAAAUCGUCACGCAGGAAGACACUUUAAACGUUUUUCUCUCUCUAAGAGACCUUCAAAACAGGGUGCGUCUUAUAUUCCGGAUUUUACGGCAGUUGCCUGUUGAAUACUUAAUAUCUAUUUUGCUUAAUUUGUUGACAACACCUGACCAAUUCUGAAGACAAUAUGGACAACAACAGCCAGCCUUCACAUGAUGAAGGUCGAGUUCGCUCCUGUUUCUUCAGCGCUGUUGGGCUGUUCACCGGAGACAUGAGACUCUGCAGAGAAUGGGUGAAAAGACAGGUUUUGGUUAUCCAACUGACGGACUGGAUUUUCCGAGGGGUGGCCCAGGUCAUGUUUGUUAACAACCCUCUCAGUGGAGUCCUCAUCACAUGCAGCCUUUUCCUGCAGAACCCCUGGUGGGCCCUGAAUGGUCUUCUGGGGACCCUUAUCUCCACUGUAUCCGCAAUGUUGCUAGGACAAAACAGGGAAGCCAUAUCAGCGGGUUUGCAUGGCUACAACGGAACAUUGGUCGGCAUGCUGAUGGCUGUUUUCUCCGCCAAAGAAAGUUGGUACUGGUGGCUGUUACUGCCAAAUAUGUUUAUGUCCAUGUUGUGCCCGGUGGUCUCCAGUGCCUUGUCCUCAGUCGCCAGCAAAUGGGACCUCCCAAUAUUCACCCUUCCUUUUAAUAUUUUGGUGUGUCUACACAUUGCAGCAACAGGAGCCAAUCACCCCUUCUUCCCAGAGGUGGAUAUCAAGCCAAAUCACCUCCAUGACUCCAUCCAAAGCCUCAAUAUCUCUCAGCUCUUCCUGUCAGUGCCAGUCGGUGUUGGCCAGGUGUACGGCUGCGACAGUCCUUGGACAGGAGGGCUCAUCCUUCUGGCCCUGCUGCUUUCCUCACCAACUAUCUGUUUCCACGCCAUGUUGGGCUCAGCUGCUGGCAUCCUGUCUGGACUUGCUCUGGCCGCUCCUCACAAGGACAUUUUCUCAGGGUUGUGGGGAUAUAACAGUGCUCUAUCCUGCAUUGCCAUUGGAGGUGUAUUCUAUGUCUUAACAUGGCAAACCCAUCUACUAGCUGUAAUAUGUGCUCUUUUCUGUGCAUUCAUGACUGCUGCGACCUCGAACCUGAUGUCCAUGCUCGCAUUACCGGCCUGCACGUGGCCUUUCUGCCUGUCAACUCUCAUCUUCCUCCUCAUUUCCUCUGAGAUCCAAGACAUCUGCAGACUGCCUCUGUCUGUGGUCUCCUACCCCGAGGAAAAUCGGCGCUACCGGAGACAAUUAAAGGCCUUGGAGAAAGCUCAGCACUGUCAGCAGAGCAGCAGCCAAAAAGAGGCCCAGCAGAGGGAGAACAGUGGGCCAAAUGUCCACUUGGUGGUGGAGAUGGGCUGCAGUGAGUGAAUCUAUGUCUUGCCAGGCUCCUAGUCCUAACCUUUGUGGCAGUUAAAUUGUCAGAAAUUAAGGAACAAUAUGGGUAUAUACAUAUUUUGGCAUUUCCUAUCUUGCAUAAUACUUGUUAUAUAAAAUAGCUGGCAUUGCAUCGACUAAAUGGAAUUUAUUUUCUUAUGCAACACGGCUUGUCAUACCAGCAGAGGGCAGCACUAUCCAAGAAAAGAUUCGCUGUUGUAUCAUAUAAAUCUAUUAAUACUGAGGAAACAACAUCAAUUUUGAAUGCAGGGAUACAUUUAUGUAAACUAUCAUUGUAAGCAAUAAUAUAAAUCAUUUUGCAUGGAGUCUUGUGAUGUAACAGGAAACAGAACUCACUUGAGCUUUAGUGGUUUCUGUGAGAUACAGACAAUGAGCCUUAGAGGAGAUUUUAGGAAGCGCUCCCCCAGCAAAAACACCCUCUUCUCUGCCAGGCAUAAUCCAUCAAUGCCUUCUGCGCUCAAAUCUGUCCUAUUGUUUCCUCUAAAAUUUCUUAUCUCCAUUUUGACUUCUCGCUGUGCCUCUUCCCCAGUUUGACAUGCUUUUCUAACCCCCCUUUGUAGCGCCUCUACCUCUUCUUCUUCCUCUUUCUUUAUCAGUAUUCAUCACCUCUUUCUUUGAGCAAACCCUUUCUCCUUUUUCUCUUAAGCGAGCAGAUUCUGACCUCUGUGAAAAGAAGCUACUAGGACGUCAGCUCAUACAAAAAAAAAACAUAUACAACCCUGCCUGGGUCUGUCUGCAUUUAUAUUAACAUUUGGAAAAUAGUGUGUCAUUAUUGCCAUCUGCCUGUCUGGUUAUGUGGAGCACAGGCACAAGGCUGCAGUCUAGCCAGUGCUACACAUAACAGUCACACUCCCAGACAUGUGUGGGUGCUGCAGUACAUCGGGGGAGAAGGUGUGAGACGAGGGUAGGGAAAGGAGUUGAAAAUGAGACAACUCAUCUUCUUGCCUGGUGAUAAAAUAUGACUUGUUAUGACAGAUUCUUGAAGUGUAAUGUGCCUUUUUUGUCUGACAAUUCAACCCCAAAAAUCCAAAUCAUUUUUACUUAAUAGUCUAAAAGCAGAACAGAGGAAACUCUCCUCAAUUCUACAUUAUUGUUUUCUAUUAUCAAAUCUAACCCGGAGGUUAAAGUGACCGUACACGGUGGGUUCAUUCGUUGACCUUUGAAGGACAGGAUAAGUGCGGGUAGAGGGAUGGUGCGAGCUGAGGUGGUGUCACUUCCCCUGUGUCAGUGCCGUGCGCCCACAGCAGUGUGAUUCACCUUCCUAAGUCCACUGCAGGAGGUGCCCACUGUUCCCACAAAACAUUAGCAGGGUGGAAAGAGGGAUGGGGCUGAACCUUUGAGGGACAAAGCCUUGCCACACAGUCACACAAACCUUCAUGCAUGCAGAGAAAAAACAUGUCCCUGUACAGACUGUUUGUCCACUUCUGUGUCUGUCAGUGAAGAAUAGCAAGUCCUAUAUAACAAUAUUGGCUGGGGUAUUUUAUAACCGCUGAUGAUUAUGGAUCUGUAUCAAGACAAAGAUAUCAGCAGCACUAACAAUGGGGAAAAGGGAAAAGGGAACUGUAUUCAGAAUGAUCCAAUGGUGUUGAUGUUGAUGGAUCUGUCAUUUAUCCACAAAGUUAAAAGAGAUGGAUCAGAUUUGACACAGUGUCAUUACAUAAAAGGAUACUGUUGGCAUUGGAUUUCUGUUAUAUAUUCCUAAAUAUGUUUGAUCCAUUUUGCAUAAGCAUGACAAAUUUGGCUAAGGGCAUCAAUGGGUUUUUUAGAAAAGAUCUGAGGCAUUAAGCAUACAAAUGUACACAAAGGACCAUGUUAUGUAAGAUUCUGUGACUGGUUUGUCAGAGACUCUUACAUAACAAUGUUAGUAAGAAGCCUAAUCUGUUGCAGAUUCAUGAAUGGGUUUAUAUGGGCUACAAUUGGCUAUCACCGAUCGCCUAUUCACCUCCCUCCAACAAUCACCAUAGAUGCUUCAACUUGAUACGCUUUCUAACUGUGCAUGCUUACAUUUGAAGUAUUGCAUUAAAAGGCUUGAGUGUAAUGGCCAUGCAUAUAGAGUAAACCAUUGAAAUCAGCAGUCAGAUGAAACUCAGGCAAGCAAUCUGCUACCCUUAAAUGUGCUGGUGUUUAGUGGUGGGGGAAAAAAAAGUGCUUUGGGGAUUUAUUUUAGAUUCAGAAGGGAAAAGUUGCCAACAGGAAAUGUGCAAAAUGUGAAAAACAGCAGAUAGACAUAGAUAAUGUAAGUUAUAGCUAAUAUGCACACUUUCAAAUCAUCGUCAAAUGCAUACUCUCAUACAAAGUGUGCAGAGGCUGGCUGACUUUUAGCAGUUGUCUAUGGUUCAGUUCCUCGUCAAACCCUCAAUCAAUGUCAUUGUUAACAUGUAAAUCAUUGGUUAAAGACCUUCCAUCCACCUUCCAUUGCACAGUAUUAGAUAUCUGUUCAUUAUAUUCUUUGCUUGAAUAUUACUACUUUAUAAACCUGACCUAUAGUGUACACACUUUACUGUUAGGUCACAGCUGUACACAUAAUAUGUCACAAUUUCUGUAACUCCUAUUUCUACCUGCAAUGUUGUUCAUAUUUCAGUGUACUCAUAAUAAAUUCUAACUGAAUUUGACCAGUUUUUAAUUUGUGUAUUGGUUAGAUGUUGUACAGUAUUUCAUUUUGCACCUCUUAACCUCUGUUCAAUUAAAAUAAAGUCGAACCUAAAUGACA